AAACUACCAAGCUUCAACAUGGAUUUGAAGCUUUACGGAUCAUCCCAACCGCAUAACAUACCGGCCACGUCUACUGAAACGCUGUGGCUGCCAGUGUAAAGUGGCAUUGAUGGUCAUCAGAUGCGCAAGCCACUUAUGAGGAUACCCUACACGGGACCCCUCCCUCCUCCCAGGAUCCUACCCCGCAACGCCAAUACCGCAGUUGGAGCUGUUGCAGCACUGUCAAACUUUUUGAAUGCGUCCCCAGCACCCACUCUAGACGAAAGAUCGACAAGCCCCAAUUCGACUGUUAUAUUGACUGGCGCGGGAAUAUCUGUUGCGUCAGGUCUGGCGGAUUACAGGGGAACCAAUGGCACAUAUAGGGUGAACAAGACGUAUAGGCCGAUUUACUACCAUGAAUUUGUGCAAAAUCACGAAGCACGGAAGAGAUACUGGGCACGUAGCUUUCUAGGUUGGCCAAACUUGGACAGAGCGGAACCAAAUGCAACGCAUCGCGCAAUUAGGGAUUUAGGACAUAUGGGAUUUAUCAAGAGCGUGGUGACUCAGAACGUUGAUUCAUUUCAUCUACUUGCUCAUCCGGAGCUCCCAGCUCUGGAGCUCCAUGGCUAUCUAAGGUCCCUAAGAUGUAUAUCUUGCCACAACGAGCUACCUCGCGAUAUAUUCCAGAAAGAACUGGCGCGUCUCAAUCCAGCAUGGGCAGAGCUGCUUGAAGAAGCUCUCGCAUCUGGGGCGCUCGAUUCCGAAGACCCAGAGAGUCGCCGGGCUAAAGGCAUGAAGCUAAACCCGGAUGGAGAUGUGGAUCUCCCAGGGGCACCAUAUACUACUUUUAGAUACCCAGCAUGUCCGACAUGCCUAGCUACCCCGCCAAUUACUCCAGCGGGCACUAAAUCCACCGUCAAGGUGGACAAGGAUGGCGCCUUCGAGCCUUCUAGUACCGCUGGCAUAUUAAAGCCAGCUGUUGUAAUGUUCGGCGAGAGCAUAGCAUCCCCUGUGAAAGAGGCUGCAGAGCAUGCAAUUGACUCUGCGGGACGACUUCUAGUUAUUGGGACGUCUCUGGCGACAUAUUCAGCUUGGCGGUUAGCCAGGCGGGCUAAAGACCAAGGCAUGCCCAUUGCAAUCAUCAACCUUGGUGGCGUACGGGGAGAAGAGCUCUUCUUUGAGAAUUUAGAUGCAGGCCAGAGGGGAGAGUUGGGCGUAAGAGCUGAAAUGUCUUCGGACAAGCUACUUCCGAGCCUUGUUGAUCACCUCCAUGUACUUGGAGCGGGCACAUCGGAUAGGCCAUCCCAGGCUGCGGCGAAAGUUUUGACAAGAAAUAACAGUCCCUUCAAGGACAUGCUUUCAUAGUAAUAUCAACAUGUAGCAUAUAUUUACACAUGCUACCGUCGGUAGAGACAAUGUUCCCUGUUAUGUCUUGUCAGUAACAAAUCUUUCACAAUAAAAGGCUUAUAACACAUAAGACAUAGGUAGGUUUGAUCAGAAGGAAGGCAACGGAAAUCUCCACAUGGGUUUUGCGCUCUCGGAGAUAGUAAUGGUUUACAUCCGGAAUUUUUCGUCAUCUCAAGUAAUAGGGGAUAAUAUGAAAAUUCUUACCAUAGAUAUUUGCUUUCAAUUGGUUUCAAUUGGCCGUGUUGAGGUAGUGGAAACGUGGUCUCUGUUAUAUGUUGUUAGCAAUGCAUCUUUCCCAUCAGAAGUACCGUAACACAUAAGACGUUG